UGCAGCAAAACAUACGAGAGAGACGUGCAAAGAGAAAACUUACUGCGACAUUUCUUUUUUUUUUUUCUUAAAAAUAUCAAACGUGUAAGAGUUUACAAGAUAAACGAAGUAAUCAUUACUUUGAAGUAAAUUGUAUAAAAACAAGAAGAAGAAGAAGAAGAAGAAGAAGAAGAAGAAGAAAUAAAAGAAUAAUUAUGACGCCUCUACUACCAUUAAUAUUUUCUGCUUGGUGGACAGAUUUAAAUCGGCCUUAUAAGCUGAUGGAUCAGAAUUUUGGAUUAGGCUUGUUUCCUGAAGAGGUUCGAAUAAUGGAUAAAUUUUAUCCAUUGCCUCUUCCUAAUAAGGCUAUUUCAGAUCUGUAUUACCGACCGUGGGCUAAUCUCUUUAAAUUGGAUGACCAUGGUGAUUUCUCGACCAUUAACAUGGAUAUGCAUACCUUCAAGGUCAUACUAGAUGUACAUCAAUUCAAACCCGAAGAGAUCAGUGUAAAGGUCGUUAAUAGAUACCUCGUUGUCGAAGGUAAACACGAAGAGAGAAGGGACGAACAUGGUUUCAUUGCGAGACAAUUCGUCCGUAGAUAUUUGCUUCCUAAUCAAGUAGAUGCCGAUAAAGUUUCCUCGUAUAUAUCGACCGAUGGAAUAUUGACCAUCACGGCACCUAUUAAAGGGAAUCUGGAACAAACAAAUGAGGAGAAGAUUAAAAUUGAAUUUAUCGAUAAACCGACGACAAAACGUAAAAACGGUGAAAAGGAAAUUAUAGAGGAAAAUAAUAAUCGUGAGGAAAUUACAACCCAAAAAGGUACUACCCAAACGGCAAAAAUUCCACAGAAAUAAAAAUCACCUAUAGCUACUUUAUAUACCGUAUCAUUCCUCUUAUAAAGUUUAAGACUGAUACACGUUAAUCCCA